CGGCGGAAGGGGCGGGGUGAAUGGUCGGCGGGCCUCGGUCUGUCGGUCACACACCGUGGGAAGCCCGGCUGGAGAAUGACCGCCGACACUCAGGAAGCUGCUCCGUGACCUACUGACCUGCCCCCGUUUCCCUGCCACGACCUGCCCCCGUAACCAAGGGUCAGGCCCGGUGUGGGAGAGCACCAGGGGGUUCUGUGACUUUCAUAUGGAAAUUCUGAUACUAGAAUGUUUCGCCAUCAAUUCUUGUUUGAGCCAUUAACAAGCCAUGCCUGGAAUCAAGUUCGGACACAGAAAGUAUUUAACCCCAAAAACCAUGGAAUUCAUCUUUAUAAGAAAAGUGGAAAUCAGAGGAUUGAGAACCAUGAACUGAAGGAGCAUAAUGGUCAAAUAAUAGAUCAGGUGAUCCUUCAACCUACAGAAACAAACAGUACCACCUGGAGUGCACGUCCGAAUGAACUGAUAGGGUUGGACUGUCAACGAUGGAGUAAUGAUCACAUACCCAGAGAGACUAUACACUUACCAACUUCUCAAAGGCCUGACCUACCUGAUCCCGUUGAAACCCUCAAGGCCACAACUAGUACCCAGGACCCCACUGGAUGCACCCACAUACCUUCUGGAACAAUAGACCUCCCUCAACAACUGAAGGGCCCAAAACUCAGGAAACGUGGGAGACGUGCUGGCCUGCAGACGAGAGCGAAAGAACGUGGUUUCAAAUCCCCCCUACCCACCAUACUCCUAGCAAAUAUCCAGUCCAUUGAAAACAAGCUGGAUGAAAUAAAAAGUAGACUCUCAGUCCAAAGGGAAUUGAGAGACUGCUGUGUGCUUUGCUUUACAGAGACAUGGCUCACUCGAGCUACACCUGACUGUACCUUACAACCUGAGGGUUUCUCAAUUCACCGGAUGGACCGUUCACCAGCCAUGGGCAAGGCAAGAGGUGGUGGAGUGUGCCUCCUAAUCAACACCUCUUGGUGCUCAGAUGUUGUGAACCUGGUGAGUUAUUGCUCUCUGCACCUAGAGUAUCUAAUGGUGAAGUGUUGUCCUCCUUGUCUGCCACAGGAGUUCACUUCCGCUAUUAUAAUAGCAGUUUAUAUCCCACCGGAUGCAGAAGUGAAGAAUGCACUUCAUGAAAUAUACAUCACUACAAAUAGCCUUGAGAUGGAAUACCCAGAGGCCUUGUUUAUUGUAAUUGGUGACUUCAACCAGGCCAAUCUCACAAAUGUGCUUCCAAAAUACCAUCAACACAUCACCUGUCCCACCAGAGGUCCAGACAUCCUUGACCAUUGCUACACAACCAUCAAAGACGCUUACCGUUCCAUCCCUCGCCAAUACUUUGGAAUGUCAGACCGUAAUGCUGUGCUCCUUCUCCCAACUUGCAAGUAGAAACUGAAGCAUAAGGACUCUCCUUACACGCACAUUGUUAUUAUUAAAAGUUUAUUACUUUAAAUAA